UUUUUCCUUUGCCCUAUGAAAAACUUCGGAUACCUUUUUGAACAAACUCCGCUUGAGGCAACUUUGAAACAAGCUGAAGUCAUAUUGCUGACAGCAAGUAGAAUCUGUCUACUGAGACAAUUGUUCUGGUGAAGUACUGCUCCAAGAGAAUGCCUCGUCCAUUUAAAGCUUAUUGGCUUGGUAUUAAAGUAGCUGGAGAAACAAUUCAGGAAUGGUGUCAAAAAAUUGAAACAGAGCAUGUGUUUUGUAAGUACUGUAAGUUCAGUAUCAAAUUUAGCAGCAGUGGUCUCAAGGCAUUAAAAAACCAUGCAGUCGCAGAGAGGCACAGACAGAACAGGGCAGCUGAGCUGAGAAAAUGCAAAACAGUUGCAAAAGACAAGGAUCACCAACUAAAAUUGUCAAGCCACCCUCUUGGCCUGUAUGAUCAAUCAUUGAGUGAACAAGCACAAAAUGUUGUGUUUUCUUCUUGGAGUGGACUAGGGCUCAGCAGGUGCUACAUUAAUGUGUACAUCUGCUACUACUGCGGGGAAGAGUUUCCAUCCAGAUGUGUACUACAGACACAUCAAUUAGCCUGCAAUAUGAAGACACCAUUAGACUCCAAGCCACCAAGUCUACAAACUGCUAAACUUCCAUUGUUGGAUGAAACACUAGUGACCAACUUCACUAAAAUACACCAGCCCUCAGCUGUAUUUUAUGACCUAGCUCCCUCUAAAGAGGAGUAUAUAUCAGCCCUAGAGCUGAUCCCUAAAAGUAAAACAGAAGUGAUAGCUCGGCGUAGAAGAAACACAGAAUGUGAGACUAUAGAUCUAGAAGAUUUGCCAGUCUCACCAACUGUGCCCAGAACACCCAAACGGUUACUCUCACAUCUCAGUAGGGAUGAGAGCAGCUCUUCAUGCACCUACCGUAGAAGACUUUCUCUUUCAUUUCAGACAAAAAAUGAAAAAGAGAAUGUGGAUGCUAAAAAGGAUUUGACUAAUCCAGAGGAGAAAAGAGAUGAGAAACCCAAACUAGCGUCAGUUAAAUCUCUGUACAACCUUGACCUGACAUCACCUCUUGGACAGUGUGUCAGCAGGCACAUUAAAGGGGACCCUAACUUACAUGUCUUGUCAGAUGUAGAGAGCCAUUGUUUGACCUCCACUCCAAAGAAAAGUUUAGUUGAUCUGAAGCUUCGAGAGAGGCCUGUCAACUAUUUAGUAACAUUUAAAGGCUAUCCCAGCAAGCUUCCGUACAUACAUCAGUACAAAUUUAAUCAACUGGAAAAGAAAGAAUUCUUGCGCCGAGUUAACACUGGGCUUGAUAAAAAGAGUCGCCGUUUGGCCAGGAAAAUGAAACCAUGCAGAGUUUUGCUCAGGCCUGUCACAAAAGCAGAUUUAAAACAAUGGAUUCCCUCACAGAAUGAAAUUACAGUGGACCUAAAGCCUUUAACUGCAGAUGAAAUUUCUUUCUGGACUAAACCAAAGACCCCAAUCAGUGUGUUGGCUGAGUUCCCUAGUGGCCUGACCUUCUCAUCCCCUAAUGUAAGUAAUGUGCUAGGGCUGAGAACCAGGCAAGAUGUAUCUUUGUUAAAGUCACCUGGCUUGUCUGUAUCAAACUACGUGUCAGAAGAAACUCUGGCUGAAGUAACAGCCAACAGAGUGGCUGUCUACAAGAGUCUGUUGGCAGAUACCAGCUGUGGUGAGAUAGAGAAUCUGCCAACUCCCAGAGUGUCUGUUAGAAGGGUUUUCAUUCCAUUUGGUGACGCACACAAAACCUGUUUUCUGCCAGAUAUCACCAACCUAAAGGUGAAAGAGGGCACAGAAUCCAAUACUAGAGAAAAUGGACUGGUGCAAAUCCGCUGUGCUAAAGAAGGGGAGAAAAUUGCUAUUCUUAAAAGAAGGGAGAUAAAUAAUGCAAAUGUUUUGAGAGAAAUUCCUGGUCAACCAAAACCACAAGGGCAACAUGUUUUCAAAAGAGAAAGACAUUCAAAACGAAACCUUUUGCACACUGUGCAUUCUGGGAAGAGAGAGAAACCCCAUGAUAACUUGGUUGCUGGUCAGCAGAAGUUGCCUGAAUGUCAUACACAGAAUUCUAAUACAUUGGAACCUCUUUCAGUCAACAAAGUAUCAUCUAAAGUAUUAGCACCUUGGUCAGCAAAUGCUGUCAAAUUGUCACCACCAAGAGGUAAAUUAUUGGGGCAGUCCCCAUUCUCUUAUGUCAAUACUAAACCUUCUACCAUGGCAAGCAGCAAGAAUGCUAAACUCAGUUCCUUUAAAGAUAACUCUUGUAAGACACUAAGCAAAUAUAAGAGUUGUCCAUCGUUGAGAAGUAAUAAACAAUUGACUAAUGUCAGAGCACCUGUGAUAGUGAAAAAAAGCUCAGAAAAAAAACUCCACAAUAUUUUGUUGCGAUCUAGCAAAAAAAGUGCCUCAGCUAAUGCGGACAUGAACAUGCCUUCUAAAGAAAUGAUGCAGGUCAGAAAGUUUUCAUUGAGGCCUGAACUACGCAAAUCUUCAAUGAGAAAACGUAUUUCUAUUCUCCAGAGAGCUGAGGAAAGGAAAAGAAUUCUCAGCUCAUUUUUGCUUUAUUCAAGCAAAAUAAAGUCACGUAACUAACUUCUGGUUUGAACCACAGACUGCACCAGAUUCAACCUAAAAGGAAACCUGUAAAGUUUAAGAAAUGAUGUUGUACAUACACUGAGAAUUUGUUUUUGUUAGCAAAACUAUUUAUGUUCAUGUUAAAUUUUGAAAUGUAUCUGAAAUUGUUUCUACAUCUUUUAUUGUUAGAAUUUGGAAUCAUGACAUUGUCUUAUUGUUUAAAAAAAACUUUUUAAAAUAGAUUUUACUAAUACAACUACUCAAUGAAAGUUUGAGCAUGUCUUUCUAAUAAUUAAUUUGAUUUUAGCUUUAAGUACAACAGAUUUUCUUGUGUAUUUUAGAUGAUUUUUAUUUUGAUGCUGUAUAAUUUCAUUAAAUUUAUAAUCUGUUACUGUUUAAAAUUUUUAAUAAUUGUUAAAAGCACUAACAAAAGUUAGAAUUUAUUUUAAAUCGAUAUUAAAAUAAUAGGGAAAAAAAUGUGGAUUAUAUAAUCAGUCCAAUGUAACUAAAGCUUUCUCGUUUAUUAAUUGCACUUUUAUCACUUACAUGAAUUUUUGUGAAAGAAUUCAUAUUAUAUUCUUUGCUCAAAACUGAUUUUCUUAUACACAUUGAAAGGUAACCACAUUUAUAGUUAAUAAAAAGAAGGGAAGAAUUUGUAGUCUGUAUUCAUACCGGCAUUCUUUUUUUUUUUUUUGGGGGGAUGAGAAAUCCUUUUGCUUGAGGUAAUGUGGUGAGAUGAAACAGAGGUGCAUCUACCAGGGUGUCAAUUUUAUCCUUAUAAAUUUACUCAAGCUGUGCCAUGCAUAUUUAGUUUUCAUAGAUUUUUUCCCCCCUUCCUAGCAGAAAAGGAAAAUCUAAUUACUAUGCAUUUACUUGUUGCCAUAAUUUUUUUGUGAUACUUUUAAACAAAUGACAAGUUGUGAUAUUUUUGUCUAAAAACCAAAGUAAAGUAUUUGUUUUUCACUUAAAAAAUAGACAAUUGUCACAAUCGAAAACUAGGAAGGAUGAAAAAAUAAAGUACUCUUGACAGAAGAGUGCCAUUGAUUUGCUAGAAUUGAGAACAGUAGGCACUUCACUUUUUCUGUUGGUUUGUUUGCUCUGAUAUACACCGUCUUUCUUUGUAAAAAUGUCAUUAAAUAAACAUGUCAACCACCAUGUACAUAUGACAGUUGAAAAAUACACUGAAUAAAAUUGUAUGAAACUUA